UGCGGCGCCCCAGGGCAUGCUGGGAGUCUCCCGGGGCGCCGGGUCUCAGGUUUACUUCUGUUCUUUAGUCUGCACCGGGCAAGAGGGGGAGGGGAGGCAUCGAUGCGCAGGCGCAGCCUGGGACUUCCCUUUUCUUUCUUAAGGCUCCCCUCCUCCCCCUCCCGCUGCAGUGGGGGGUCCCGUUGCCCGGCAGAGUCUCGAGCUCCGGUGCGCAUGUGCAGGGUCCGAUGGGGGGGUGCGCUGCAAGAGAGGGAUGCUGGUGUGCGAUUUGUGCAAGAAGGCGGGAGCUGGGCGUGGCGCGUGUGUAACAGCUGCGUGAUCGCACGUGGGGGGUCGGCAUCCAGCCUGGGCAGAGAAGGCUGGGACCCCGGCCUCCCUCUCUGAGGUCCCUCUCCCUCCCCAGCCCACUGACGUAGGACCAAGCCCGGAACCAGAGACAUGGCCGCCGGCAGCCAGAGCCCCCCGUCCCAGGAGUUGGUGACCUUCAAGGAUGUGAUGGUGAACUUCACUGAGGAGGAGUGGGGGCUCUUGGACCCUUCUCAGAAGAAGCUGUACAUGGAAGUCACACUGGAGAAUGUGCAGAAUCUGCUGUCCCUGGAUGGGGAACUCAAGUUUGAAUGGAAUGAGAUGACUGGAAAUCUGGGACUUUUUGUGGAAGAAUGUGACCUGCAAAAAUUCAUGAAGAAUGGUCCCCGUGCCUUGACUUUGAGAGAAAUCCAUGCCUCUAACAUCCAAGUAGAUAAUCCAAGUACUGACUGUGAAUUGGAUGAAAGUAGAAAGAGAUUCAGGCAAUCUUCUUUCCUAAAUCACUAUAAGAAAAUGAAUUCAGGGAAUAACUGGCUACUGGAUAGUGAAUAUCAGAAAUGUUUUCCUAAACAGGUAGAGCUUUUUGAUUCCCAAGAGAAGCCUGCUGAAAUACUAAUGAAUCCAGAUAAUCAAUGGGAAAUGGCCUUCAGCAAGAGUUCAGACCUCAUUAAACAUCAGAAAAAUGAUAAUGGGGAAAUGUUUUGUGUUGAUAGUCAAGAUAGAAAGGCCUUGAGUCAAUCUUCUAAACUCAUUAUUGAUCAGGCAAUUCACAUAAGAAAACAACCUGAUGAGUAUAAUGAAUGUGAAACAAUCUCAUCCGAUCAUUCAUCUCUUCCUACCCAAUUUAGAGUUGACCCUGAAAUGAAAAAACCUUCAUUUGUUGAGUGUGGGAAGGCCUAUUCUUGGAAUUCAGAUCUUGACAGAUCUCAGAAGAUUCAUAUUGGAGGGGUUUAUAAAUGUAAUGAAGGUAAGAAGAUCUUCCCAAAGCGAUUCUUUCUAGCUGUACCUGAGGGAAUCGAUACCAGAGAGAAAUCUUUUUUAUGUGAUCAAUGUGGAAAGGCUUUCAGAUACAAUUAUAAGCUUAUUGAACAUCAGAGAAUUCACACUGGAGAAAAACCAUAUAAAUGUAAUCAAUGUGGAAAAGCUUUCAGAUACAAUUACAAGCUUAUUGAACAUCAGAGAAUUCACACUGGAGAAAAACCAUAUAAAUGUAAUCAAUGUGGAAAGGCUUUCAGAUACAAUUACAAGCUUAUUGAACAUCAGAGAAUUCACACUGGAGAAAAACCAUAUAAAUGUAAUCAAUGUGGAAAGGCUUUUCGACUCACUUCCAUUCUUGCUUAUCAUCAGAGAAUCCACACUGGCAAAAAACCUUUUGAAUGUCAUCACUGUGGAAAAGUUUUUACAUUCAAGCCUUAUCUUAUUGAACAUCAGAGAAUCCAUGCUGGAGGCAAACCAUAUAAAUGUAAUCAUUGUGAAAAGGCUUUUAGGUAUAGUUCCAAGCUUGCUGAACAUCAGAGAAUCCACACUGGAGAAAAACCUUUUGAAUGUAAUGACUGUGGAAAAGCAUUUACACGCAAACAUUGUCUUACUGAACAUCAGAGAAUCCACACUGGAGAAAAACCUUAUAAAUGUGAUCAGUGUGGAAAGGCUUUUCGACUCAGUUUCAUUCUUGCUUUACAUCAGAGAAUCCACACUGGAGAGAAACCUUUUGAAUGUAAUCAAUGUGAAAAGGCUUUCACAAAGUGGCAUCUUCUUGCUUAUCAUCAGAGAAUCCACAAGAAACCUUUUGAAUGUAAUCAGUGUGAAAAGACUUUCAGAUGCAAUUACAAACUUGCUGAACAUCAGAGAAUACAUACAGGAGAAAAACCUUAUAAAUGUAAUCAAUGUGAAAAAGCUUUCACACGAAAGGGAGAUCUUAAUAAACAUCAGAGUGUUCACACUGGAGAAAAACCUUAUAAAUGUGAUCAGUGUGGAAAGGCUUUUCGACUCCGUUCCAUUCUUGCUCAUCAUCAAAGAACCCACACUGGAAAGAAACCUUUUGAAUGUAUUCAGUGUGGAAAGGCUUUUACACAGAAAGGAAAUCUUGUUGAACAUCAAAGAAUCCACGCUGGAGAGAAACCUUUUGAAUGUAAUCAAUGUGGAAAGGCUUUCACAAACAAAUAUAAGCUUGCUGACCCUCAGACUACCCACACUGCAAAGAAACCUUUUGAAUGUAUUCAGUGUGGAAAGGCUUUUACACUGAAAAGAAAUCUUGUUGGACAUCAGAGAGUCCACACUAGAGAGAAAUAUUUUGAAUGUAAUCAAUGUGGAAAGGCUUUCAGAUUCAAUCAUAGUCUUGCAGAACAUCAGAGAAUCCACACUGGAGAGAAAUCUUUUGAAUGUAAUCAAUGUGGCAAAGCUUUUAUACGCAAGGCUUACCUUACUGAACAUCAGAGAAUUCAUACUGAAGGCAAACCUUAUAAAUGUAAUCAAUGUGGAAAGGCUUUUACACGUAAAGCUUAUCUUACUGAACAUCAAGGGAUCCACAAAGGAGAAAAACCUUAUAAAUGUAAUCAGUGUGAAAAGGCUUUUACAUAUAGUUGCAAGCUUGCAGAACAUCAGAGAAUCCACACUGGAGAAAAACCUUUUGAAUGUGAUCAAUGUGGAAAAGCUUUCACCCGAAAGGGAGAUCUUAAUAAACAUCAGAGUAUCCACACUGGAGAAAAACCUUAUAAAUGUGAUCAAUGUGGAAAAGCUUUUCGACUCAGUUCCAUCCUUGCUCAUCAUCAAAGAAUCCACACUGGAAAGAAACCUUUUGAAUGUAAUCAGUGUGGAAAGGCUUUCAGAUUCAAUCACAGUCUCGCAGAACAUCAGAGAAUCCACACUGGUGAGAAACCUUUUAAAUGUAAUCAGUGUGGAAAGUCUUUUAUACGCAAGGCACGUCUUACUGUACAUCAGAGAACUCACAUUGGAAAGAAAUUUUUUGACAGUAGUUAAGUGUGGAAAAGCUUUUAUAUAGAAGCGAAAUCUUGUUGAACAUCAAAGAACCCAAACUGGAGAGAAACAUUUGAAUGUAGACAGUGAGGAAAUGAUUUCACACAAAGUCCUUUUCAGGUGCACUUCAGAUAAUCCACACUGGAGAGAAAACUUAUAAAUGAAAUUAAUGUGGAAAGGCAUUCAGAUAUAAAUCCAAAAUUGGUAAACGUUAGAUGCAGGGGUGCUCAAACUUUUUAAAUGGGGGCCAGUUCACUGUCCCUCAGAGUGCUGGAGGACUGGACUAUAGUAAAAACAAAAACUUUUGUUUUGUGGGCCUUUAAAUAAAGAAACUUCAUAGCCCUGGGUGAAGGGGAUAAACGUCCUCAGCUGCUGCAGCUGGCCCACGGGUUGUAGUUUGAAAACCCCUGCAUUAGAGAAUCCACACUUAGGAUAAGAAUUAUUGUGAUGACCGCGUAUUUUAAAAUCAGCCAGAGUCAGGAAUUCAGGUUAGGGGAAAAUCGUCAAUCUUUAUUC